AAACAUGCACUUAGCUUAGACGUACUAAAACAACAAUUUUGCGCAAAUUUUUUGUUAAGGUACUUCAGUUUGUUUUAAUGUACAAACAAGAAGAAAGCUUUUGAUUUAGCGGUUUUUGCACAGAUAAGAUAAUAUUUAUAUUGAUAUUACGAGUGUGCUCAUUCUGUACAAGUUUUUAGUUGUGUGAUUUCCUGUGUUUCUGUUUCUGGCCACAGAAUAACAGGUUUCUGACCAUUUUCUACCAUGGAAGAGGUUAACAGAUACAAGGAAAGACUUUCAAUUAUGUUUCAAGGAAGCUCCACAAGUGAACAACAAAUUGAUUACGUGAUUGAUAUCGUUUUAAAUAAUUCUAAUAACAAUUUGCUACCUUUUGAGAAUAAAAUCGAGAUUAUGACAGAUCUUUUAUUAGAAUCGGGGGAUUCCCUCUUAUCGUUGAAAGGAGGAAAUUUAGAAGCAAAUAUCACAAAUUGUGCUAGCAGUGAGGAAGGAGCCGUUGGUUUUGCUUACACCAAGCCUAGAUUAACCAAAAUUGAAAUCAAUUCAUUGUUAACUCUCUUCCCAGAUAUUUGUCCCAAAUUUCUGGAUUCUUUUGUGGCAAAAAACCCAACUAUGAAUUUUGAUGAAAUUGUAAAUGAAUUGUCCCAAACCGAAUAUGCAAAACGGGAAAUUGAUCCUUUAGACAUGUGGAACGACUUAAAACAAAUGUUACCUAACGCCGAUCCCACGUAUUUGCGAAAUCAAGCACGAGUUCUGGCCAAAAGACCCCUAGAAGAGUACGAAGAGUUUCUAAAAAAUGCCAUCGAAAAGAACGACUAUCCCACCUUGCAGGAUUACUUGAGGAAGCAAGAAAAACUUGAAGAUAUUUCAGUGUACACCAAUCACUUUACUGUGGCUAAUUUCCUGAAAAUUGUGCCAAAACCGGUGGAAUUUUUCACAAGUCCUGAACGUGAAGCUAUUUUAGCUGACACGAGCGAAAGUGAUAAAGAAUUCGCCCUCACUUUUCUAUACAACCAGUUUCCCUACUUACGCCAGAACCAAAUUCAAAAAAUCUUCAACAGCUACGGCCAACAUUUGGUCAAAACUUGCAAUAAACUGAAGGUUUUGCCUCGAGAUUUCCGCAACCCACGGAAGCACAUCGAACAGGAUGAAUGUUUCAAUGUUAAAUUAUUACAAGAAAUCGCAUUUUUGAAACACGAAAAGUCAAUCAGACAGUACCUAAAAUUGCAAAAUGACAGAUAUCGUAAAGCUUUGGACGAGGCCAGAAAAUACGGCUUGUUGCAAACUUGUCUUUGCUGCUUUGACGAAGAGCUCAUUCCUGAGGAGUGCCUAUUUUGCGAUAAAAACUGCACUUUUUGCAAAAAUUGCGUCAAACUGGGGGCGGAACACGUGAUCGGAGAGGGAGGAACAAAAUUUCCGUGUCUGGCUGAUUGUCCCUCCGAAUUUAACUAUUCUGUUUUAAAAAUGGUCUUAAAUGAUAAGGUUUUCAAGCGGUUAUGUCAGAGGAAGCAAAUCGAAGAAAUAAAAAACGCCAAUGUGGACGGUUUGGAAACUUGCCCGUUCUGCGAUUAUGUGAUGGUGCCAGAAGAAGGCGAUAAAAUAUUUAAAUGUGGAAACAUUGAGUGUAUGAAGGAGUCGUGUCGAGAGUGCCGUCAUGUGGCCCACAUACCUUUAAAAUGCUCCGAAAUUGAAUACGAUGAAGAUGUUAAAUUGCGAACAUACAUUGAAAAUGAAAUGUCCGAGGCUUUUCUUAGGACCUGUCCGAGUUGUUCAAGAAAGUUUUACAAAGAGUCCGGUUGUAAUAAAAUGACUUGUCUUUGUGGGGCUAAAAUGUGCUACAUUUGUAAAGUUGCGGUUCAAGACUACUCACAUUUUGGAAAUGGAAGGUGCCCACUUUUUACCGAAAAUUUGGACCAGCUUCACUUUGAUAAUGUUAUACGAAGGGCACAAGCUGCGAAAGCUCAACUGGGGGUGGAUAAAAACCCCAACAAGUUGAAAUUCGAUCCAACAAAGAAUUUCCAGUUGAAUUGAAACAUAUGUUGCAAUUAAUUGUUAAUAAAAAUUAAAAAAUAAGUGUAUCUACUAGUUAAAAUUAACAUAUUAAAUUAUAAUUUAAAUAAAAUGAAAUAAAAACCAAAAUAAAAAGCUUUAUACAUCUUCUAA